AUGAGUGCCGCAAAAAUUGGCCAACGCCGGUCCUUUGACGGCCACCUAUGCACAAUACGUUAUGUGGGCAGCGUGCAAGGCACCACGGGCGACUGGUUAGGUGUCGAGUGGGACGACCCAUCUCGAGGCAAACAUGCAGGAGAGCAUAAGGGGGUUCGCUAUUUCACAUGCAAGAACAACCACCCCACGGCGGGGUCUUUUGUCCGCCCAUCCAGGCCAUCUGAGCUACCACGGAGUUUCCUGGAAGCUUUGCAUGAGAAAUAUGCAUCUGAAUUUGAGGAGCGGAAGAUAAAAGAUGGAAAUUCCAGCACUGGUUCAAAUCCAAAAGCUAUCGAAAUCAGUGGUAAAGUAGUCGAAGAAGUUGGAUUCGACAAGAUCCGUAAGCAGCUUGCGGAACUCGAAGAGCUGCGAAUUGUUCUACUGGAUGGGUUACGCAUUGCUGGUGUUCUUUCGUCCUUUGAGCAGCCAAUAAGUUCUGUUCGGGAGGCGGCCCCCAAGAUUGCUGAAACCUGCCCAAAGAUUAUCGAAUUAGACCUCAGCCGCAGUCUGUUGAACUCAUGGCGUGAUGUAUGGGAAAUUUGCAACCAGCUGAAGCAACUGAAAAGGUUGCGAGUGAAUGGAAAUCGAUUCCAGCCCCUGGAAGAGGGCCUGGUAUUCAACGGAAUCACUGAAUUGCACUUAGAGGAGACCCUUCUCACAUGGGAGGAAAUCGCUGCUGUGGCAUCCAGAUUCCCAGCACUCACGAAUCUGAUAUUAUCGGGCAACCAAUUAACGUCCACGACAUGUCAACUACCAGACUCCAUCACCUCACUGAUCUUGGAAAACAAUGACAUUGAAUCAAUAUCAUCGCUACGUAGUUUGGCCAAACUUCCCAAUCUCAGUCACUUAUCGUUGCGAGCAAACAAUAUCAGUGCUAUUCUGGACGGCUCAAACGAUACGACCCCCGAUUUCCAUUUCCCAGAAGCUCUUUACUCUCUUGACGUCUCUCGAAACAACAUCACAUCCUGGAAAUUCCUCAAUCACCUCGCAACUCUCUUUCCAGGCAUCAAGUCCCUUCGGAUAUCAGGCAAUGCACUCUACGAUCAACCUCCUCUUUCACCAUCAAUUGCAGCCGCCACAUCUACGCUGGGUGCUUCCAAGCCUAUGACCGUAGACGAGGCUUUUAUGCUGACACUAUCUCGCUUUCCUUCAACUCUCCGCACUCUCAACUACAGCACAAUCUCGCCGCAAGAUCGUUCCAAUGCAGAGAUGUACUACCUCUCUUUAAUUGGCAAGGAACUUUCCGCUACCUCUGAAGAAGAAGAAAGUUCUAUUCUCGUUAAUCACCCUCGGUAUUCAGAGCUAUGUGAUCUAUAUGGCGAACCGAGAGUUACAAGAGCGAUUCAAUCCGACGGCUCCGGUACUAGAAUCAUUCACCCUCACUCUGUUGCUGCCCGGCUUGUCAAAAUGGCAUUUUACCUACACCGACCAGGGUCCAGCAAUCCUCAUUCUCAGCACCAAUUAUCUGUUAAGGAAAUUCCAAAUUCGUUCAACACAUACCAAGUGAAGGCGCUGGUCUCGCGACUCUUUACACUCCCUCCAUACAGUUUCAAACUGGUUUGGGAAACAGAUGAGUGGGAUCCAGUGGCUAAGGCAACCGUUGACGAGGAAGACUGGGCAGAGGAUAGUGAGGAUGAGAUGCCGCAGCAAGAGUCUCCUGUUGAAUCAUCGACGCAGGAGAAUUCGAGCCGUUUUGUGCGCCGGGAAGUUGAAUUGGUGGACUCGACGAGGGAUAUCGGAUUCUUGUUUCAGGGUGUGACAGGCGAAGCGAAGGUUCGGGUUGAGGUUUCAGAAACAGAAAGCCCAUAUAUCCCUGGUGAUAAAGUGGAAGGGCUGAAGUUGGCUAGCGCUACUCCGGUCCUGGCGUCAUAG